CGCCUUGCUGCGAUAGGGACUCAGUUGUACUCUGAACUAGGAACACCUUCCUUGAAAAAGUCACUGCCACCAGCCAGCUAUCCUCUGUCAUGUCUCGCCAGUCUUUUGGGAUGAGUGUGUCAGGAGGGAACAAGGGAUUCAGCUCCAGCUCAGCUUGCUUCUCAGGCGGACAAAGAAUGAGCUUCAACAGUGUUUCCGCAAGCCGUGGAUGUUCUGUCCGUAGUGGAGGUGGAGGUGCUGCUUUUGGCAGCAGAAGCCUAUAUAAUCUUAAUCAAGGGGGCAACAAGAGAAUCUCCUAUGGUGGAGUUGGCAGUGGCUUUGGUUCAGGUUUUGGUGGGGGUUGCGGCCAAGGGGGUGGAAGCUUUGGAGCUGGUGGUGGCUUUGGUGCUGGUUAUGGUUUUGGUAAUGCCUUCCCAGCUUGCCCACCGGGAGGCAUUAAGGAGGUGACUAUCAACCAGCAUCUCCUGCAGCCCCUGAAUUUGGAGAUAGAUCCAGAGAUCCAGAAAGUGAGGGUAGAAGAGAGAGAGCAGAUCAAGACCCUUAACAACAAGUUUGCCUCCUUCAUUGACAAGGUUCGUUUUCUAGAGCAACAAAAUAAGGUAUUGGAGACCAAAUGGAAACUCUUACAAGAACAGGGCCAAGGUACUGGUGGUCAAAAAAAUCUUGAUCACUUCUUUGAAGCAUAUAUCAGCAAUCUAAGGAGGCAGCUGGAUGGUCUUCUGAAUGAGAGACGAGGACUUGAAUCAGAAUUGAAAAACUUCCAAGACCUUGUGGAGGAUUUCAAGAAUAAAUAUGAGGAAGAGAUUAACAAGCGUACAGCAGCAGAGAACGAUUUUGUGCUCUUGAAAAAGGAUGUAGAUGCUGCUUACAUGAACAAAGUGGAACUGCAGGCAAAAAUGGAUGCCUUAACAGAUGAAAUCAAUUUCCUGAGGUGUAUGUUUGAAGCUGAACUGAACCAGAUGCAGCAAAGUGUUUCUGAUACCUCUGUUGUCCUUCAAAUGGACAACAACCGGAACUUGGACUUGAAUAGCAUCAUUGCUGAGGUUAAAGCCCAAUAUGAGGACAUUGCCCAGAAGAGCCGGGCAGAAGCAGAAUCUUGGUAUCAAUGCAAGUAUGAAGAGCUGCAGGUGUCGGCUGGGAGACAUGGUGAAAAUCUACGAGAUACCAAGUCUGAGAUUGCUGAGCUGAACCGGACAAUUCAGAGGAUGCGAGCUGAAAUAGAAAAUGUGAAGAAGCAGUGUGAGAAGCUGCAGGCUUCUAUUGCAGAAGCUGAGGAGCGUGGUGAGCUGGCACUCAAGGAUGCCAGAGAAAAGCUCUCCGAACUAGAGGAAGCUUUGCAGAAGUCCAAGGAAGAGAUGGCCCGUCUCUUGAAGGAGUACCAGGAGCUAAUGAACGUUAAGUUGGCCCUUGAUAUUGAAAUUGCUACCUACAGGAAAUUGCUGGAAGGAGAGGAGAGCAGAAUGUCUGGAGAGUGCCAAAGUGCUGUGAGCGUCUCUGUGAUAGGCUCUUCUUCUGGUGGAGGAAUGGGUAGUGGAUUCGGAGGAGGAGUAUGCUUUGGAGGAUCAUCUGGUGGUUUUGGUGGUUUCAGUUCUGGAAGUGGGAGAGGUAUAAGCAGCAUAGGUGGUGGAGGAGUUUGUUCUGUAGGAGGAGGGUAUGGAGGAGGAUAUUCCUCUAGCUGCGGAAGUGCCAUUGUGAAAAAAACCACCUCCUCCUCUUCCACCUUUAUGAGUUCAGGCAGGAAGUAACAAGUAACAGAUGCAAUGACAACCUCGUGCUCGAUCAAAGAAACAUUCUUCUGAUGAUCUCCACCAAGCAUACCCAUCCCAACCUUGGCAUCUUUCAGAGAAAAGAACUUGUCUCUUACAACCACUGUGUCUGUUUUCUCAGAAUAUAUCUAGAUCUUUCAUUCUUUGUCCUAGACUCAUUAUUACAUUUCAUGCCCAAAUAUCAAUUAGAAUGAAUCAGUCAUAAUAACACUUUCACUUCAUAGAAGUUUAUCUCAAGUAUGCGUGCUUAUGUCGGUCAAUACACACACCAUUGAAUGAUAGGAAUAUAGAUCCUGUGUUGCCUUGACAGGGAGAAUCAUUUCCUUAUUUCCAAAACUCUGGGAUUUUUUUCUUGGUCUUCUUCUCCAUAGUCAACUGAGAAAGGCCUGGAACAAGUUUAGGUACGAAUGGAAAAGUUUUUGAUUAUCAUGCACAAAGUAUAGGUUUCACCUAGCCAGGGUUAAGUGCUAUUUUAGGGCCUUAUCAUUUCAGUGAAAAAAAAAUUAAGCACUUAUUGAGAGCAUGACCAUUUAAGAAAAAAAAUGUGGAAUUUUCACAGAUUCAGCUUUGUUCUAAUUAUGCCCACCUUCCUUCCUUCCUUCUUUCUUUUUCUUUCUUUCUUUAUGGCACUGAAAACUUUGCUCAUUUUAGUUUUUGAGUUGAUUCGCUUUUAUGGGUGUAUGACUAUCUGCAUCUCAAUAAAGCCUCAGUAAAGAGUG